GGGGAAUUGGACAAAAGGCCAGCCCACCCCCAGCCCCCAUUGCGGACGGUAAAACGUUCAGCAUCCAGCAUCCAGCAAUCUCAAUCAAGCACUCGUCCAAACCCUCACUUUCUCGACAAAUCACCUCCAAGGCUACAUAGAUAGUCUUUCUGCCUGACCGACGCUAGAGCUUGAGCUUCUAUAUACUCUACUCGAUAUAGUAGAUAACCAAGUACCUUCAGCCUUAGAUACCCGUAUUCACCCCGCACACGAGCAAAAAUGUCCAACCUUCCCCCGACGGGCCCACGGCGUUUCACGGGCCCGUGCAGAUUCUUCCUCGAAAGCUCCUGCAACUUCGGCGAGAACUGCAGGUUCUCGCACGACGUCGCUGCGGCGCCGGCAAAUAAACAACAGCGACCACCACCACCACCGACCAGAGGUCGGGGUUCGGGACGGCGUCGUGGAAGGGGCGGCAGACCAGUGCCGACUGGAAAUAAUUUCCCGACGAACAUGAACCCCACCACCACCGGGGCGGCGCAGCUAGAAAUGGCGAUCAAGGAGCUUCUGGUUGGUGUCAAGAAGGGGAAAGAGGGGGAGAUAACGAGACGGUUUGUGGAGCAGCCUCCACGGAAGGAGCCAGAAGAGUCCCCGCACCAAGACAAACUGAUGGGCGGGUACAUGGCGGUCCGUUUCGGGCCCGGCUUGGAAAUCUUAACCAUCCAGUCCACGGACGUAACCUCGCCUUCGGCGGUGAUCGAGGGCCUACCCAAGAACACGUCGAUGCAGGAGGCGUUGACUAUCGCACGCGAGUUCAAACCCGAUCUGCCGCCGCAGGCGGUGAGGACCUUUGUGCGUGGGGACAAACUGCAGGCAGUGGUGAACUAUGACGACGUCCUCGUGGCGGAUGCCGCGAUCAAGGCGUUGGAUGGAAGGAAGUGGAAAGAUGGGACGCUGGCGGCCAGGGCGUUGAAACCCACGAGCGCCAGUGAUGAUGUGACGAAGAUCCAGUGCUCCUGGUUUCAACCUGCCAAAGCUGCGUAUCUGCAGUUCUCGCAACAGAGCGAAGUAGAUGCUGCGGUUGCUACGGCUGGAAGGAUCAAGGAGAUUCGCGGGCAACGGUAUAAAUGUCUACCGCAACCGCCGCGGCCGGGGACCCGGUCGCACAGGGUUUUGCUGGUCGGAUUGGAUCGGGCGACGACUGAAGUUGAUCUGCGCGGUAUCUUCACUUUCGAGUCGCUCAAUAUGAAGGAACCAAAGUUCGAUGUCUCCCGCGAUGAUGUCGUGGCCUAUGUUCGCAGCCUCUUUGAUGGGACGAAGAUUACAGACUGGAAGAUUGUAUCCCACCCGGCUGACAGCAAGCAGAGGGUCCUGAUCGAUGUUGAGAGCGCCGACCAUGCCAGAAAAUUCUACCGGGAGAAUGAUGGCAAGAAGCAUGGCUUCUUGGGUAACACCACACUGAAUAUCAAUCUCUCGUACAACGCUACCUUCCGCAUCCCCGUCGACAUCUUCAAGGCGGUCAAGGAAGAGGUGGUAGCUCUGGAGGUGGCCGAGCGGACGAAGGAACGAGAGAUUGUGCGCGCAGGAAAAGCGAAGGAGUGGGACGCAGGCGACGACUCGCCGGCCCGAGUUGUGAUAUACGACCGCUACGUGCCAGUAACGGUGCGGAUCUUCGGCCGAGGUCGUCCCGCCGUAGUCCGUAUCAAAACGGCCAUGCAAAAGCUGCUCCGCGGCGAGAUAGUCUGCGAUGAAGACGGACGAGCCAUGUGGAAUCCCACACUUAAGGGAAUCGAUGGUCACAAGGUCAUGCGCGAAGUCAAGAACCGUACUGGUGUCCAUAUCAAUCUCGACAUCAGGAGCAGGACCAUGACGCUUUACGGUACGCAAGAGCAGCGACAAGCGGCAAGGAUGAUAUUGGCGGAGCAGUAUCGGCUCCUGCUGGGUCAACAACAUGAUAUCCCUUUGUCGGGACAGUCACUAUGGCUUGUGCAUCGAGGAGGUCUGGCCGGGGUUCAGAAACUUCUCGGAGCCGACAAGGUUAUACUCGAUCUCCCGAACAGGCGUCUCACCGUUACAUGCAGCCCUGCGGUGAUCGAGGAGGUCAAACGCCUUCUGCGCCAGCCUGGGGAAAUCCAUCGCUAUGGAGGAGUGAUGAACGGGGAUGCCGCCACCGGAGGAGGGGAAGACGACUGUGCAGCAUGUUUCUCCCCGGCCGAGCAACCUACCAAACCUCCCUGUGGCCACGUCUAUUGCAAGCUCUGUGCGAGCGAGUACAUUAACUCGACGAUCGAUACAUCGACCUACCCUAUCGUGUGCUUCGGCAACGAAGGAAACUGCAAAACGCCGUUCCCACUCGCCUUUAUCCGCAGCCUCCUCACGAAUGCAGAUAUGGACCGCCACAUCACCCAAAGUUUCUCAUCCUACAUCCAAACUCACCCAAAAGAGUAUCACUUCUGCCCGACGCCCGACUGCGGAACCGUCUACGGCGUGACCACGACCGGCAAAGUCUUCACGUGCUCACAAUGCUUCGUGGGGAUCUGCACCACGUGCUGCACCGAAACGCACGACAACCAGACGUGCGACGAGUUCAUGAGCGCGACCAACCCGGAGAUCAGCGAGCAGCUGUUCCAAGGGUGGCGCGGCGAGCACGACGUCAAGAAGUGUCCGACGUGCAAGAGCUACGUCGAGAAGAACGAGGGCUGUCACCACAUGACGUGCAAGUGCGGCCAGCACUGGUGCUGGCUGUGCUUCGAAACCUUCCCCGACGGCGACCAAACAAUCUACGCCCACAUCGAGAGCGCGGCGUGUGUCGCCCGCCAGCGCCAGCAGACGGGGCUGCCGCAGGAGCCACCGCCGCCACCGCCGCCGUGGGAGUACAGGGCGGAUUUCUUUGCGGAGCUGGGGCAGGAGGGUGUGGCCAGGGCGAGGAGGGAAGAUAUAGAGCGGAUUAGACACAUCCGCGCCGCCGCCGCCGAGCAGGAGGACGCACGGCGGGAGAUGGCGGAACAGUUGUGGGCUCGCGAACGCCUACGGCGUGAGAGGAUACGACAGGCGGAUGAGCAAGCGGAACGUGAAAGGAGGAAUGCCAGCGGUGGUGGGUUCUGCGCAAUCAUGUGAGAGAGUACCUACGUUGUACUUGUACUCCGCCGCGCGCGGGGUGCCGUUUCUGUUGCCUUCGUACUUGCUCCCUAUAUUGAUCGAGGUUGGAAUUUUCUCUAGCUAUCUAUCUAUCUAUCUUAUUUAUUUUUUCAAAUCUGUUGGGUGUGAAUUUGUCUUGUUUUGCUUUUGGACCAUUCUGUCUGUCUGUCCGGCGUGGCGAUCUGCGAGGAAUCUAGUUAGGAAUUUGAGUUUUAUAUUGAGUC